AUGGCUCAACACAUGCAAGAACUCACCUCGCUUUGGUGGCCCGAGGAACGAAUCAAGUCGACGUUAGAUACCAAGUAUAUUGUCAAUCAGCUACAACCCGAAAAUGUGCCGCGGCUUUUUGAUCUUCCCAAAUGGGGGGAGGGGUUGACCAGUGAGACUUACAUGGAAUACAUCCUUCUCAAAGCUGGUCGUCUUUUUCUCAUUCUGAAUGACAUCGGAAUUCCCGACCGCAUUUUCACUUUGGUGGACGAAUCAUGCGACGAUGACGAUCUUCCUAUCGCCGAGCAGAACGUCGAUCGUCUGUGCUUAUCGCCCGGCGCCAACGAUCCUUCCCUCGAUACGAAGUUCUUCCACGCCCAAUGGCGUUUUUCGGUACGCGGAAUUGGUGAAGGCGAGCAUGUUUCUUAUACUGGCAAUGAAGGUGUUCCUGUUCAGGUGGUGAAAACCAAUGGCAUCCACAAUGAACUCCAGGGUCGCGACGACUCCGUCGAUAAGGUCGUGCUUGCUGGAUCUGUAUGUCGAGUGCUUAUGCGAACGCAAGUGCAAGUCGGUGGUGCACCACAUUUCUUCUCUGCCGAUGAAGUCCUGGCGGAGAUCCGGGCCCUCCGGAAGCUCGCCCAUGAACAUGUUAUGUCCAUCUACGCUUCCUACUUUGUCGAUGAUAGUGUCAGCGUGCUCUUUACCGGUGCUGAGACGGAGCGCACACUACAUAGCUUCCUCACCGAUGAGCCACCAGCUUUCAAAAAGCUGCCCAAAGAGCAACGUCGCCAGACACUUAUCACCUGGCCGCACUGUCUGAUGUCUGGACUAUCGUGGCUGCAUGCCCACGGCCACUUCCACGGCGCGAUACGGCCCUCCAACGUCCUAAUCGACGCAAAUUUCCAAAUAUGUCUGGGUCAAUUCCAUGUUCUGGACUCACUGCUCGCACCACCCCGAGUCAAUGAUCUGGAGAGCUACCACUACGCUGCCCCGGAGCGCUGGGUUCGCACCGCAGCACCUGUACAACCAGUCCAAGCACCAAGCCGAACCCUCCUCCCAUCAGGAGGCCGAACAGGCCGGAGAAAGAAGCCUGCCAAACUAGCCCUAUCCACCCUAGACGAGGGUUCAAUAUCUUCACCAGACAUCCCACGCCCCGACUCCGCCGCCUCAAAAGGCACAGUAAUACGAAUUGGGCUUCCAAACUCACCAUCCCGCUUCUCAUUUGCCUUCUCAUCCUCGUCAUCCUCAUCCUCAUCCUCAGCAGCCUCAUCAGGAAACAGCGAGGCAACCCAAAGCCCUAAAACCACCCUCAACCGCAUCUGGAACAAAAGACCGAAAGGCCUAGCCCCAACACCAUCAAUCACAUCAUCAACAUCAAGCUCCUCCUACUCAUCCGGCGCAGCAUCCAUCAUGUCCUCAAAUCCUCCACCCUCGGUGGCACCCUCAACAUUGGCACCGUCGAUAACACCCUCCCUCACAAACUGGCAAUCGGUUCAAACAAACCCCGCAGCCUCAGACCUCUUCUCCCUCGCAGCAAUCAUCCUUGACAUAUUAACCCACCUCUGCAAGCGCUCUCUGUCCUCCUUCGCUUCGCACCGCUCCGCCCGAAACCGUAGUGCCGGCCGCGGUGGCGGAAUGGCAGAUGCAUCCUUCCAUCUAUCCCGAAACGCAGUCCAAGUGCAAUCCUGGAUCGCUCUAGUCGAAGGCGAUGCCCUGAAACGGUGCCGAAGGGAUCGAGGCAGUGAUCGCGUUUUCUGGGCCGUACCGCGGAUGCUCAUGGUAUUACGGGCAAUGCUUUCCCCGGAACCGGACAAGCGACCUACUGCCAGACGAGUGCAGAAGUGUUUUGCUGCUGCUAUACGGGAGAUUCCGGUCAGCAAAGGGGUUGGUGGCGGAGGUGGUGUUCCGUUGCAUUGCGUUUCUCCUGAGAAAACGGAGAAGAAGCAGCGGAAGGAAGAAGAGGAGAAUAGGGCUAGGGAGGCUGCUAGGGUUGAAGAGGUUGCUAGAAUUGAGCAGGAGAGGAGAAUCAAAGAGAAGAAGUCGAAGAUGUCUCUUUUGGAGUCUUCUUCUGUUUCCGAUUUUGAUUUUGGGUUUGAAGAGGGGAGUGAUAGUGAGGUUCUUGGGGAUAUACAUGAUGGGAGUGAGCCUUCUUUACUUGAGGUUGAUGAGGAUGAUCUUGCGUCAAUUGUGGAGAUUGAUCGUGUUUCUCCGCAGUUGUCUUUACCUUCUUUGGAUAUUCAUUUGACGGGGAUUGAGGGGUUGACUAUCCAUGAAUAG